CGGAGGUGAAGAUGGUGCUCGUCAAGGAAUACCGUGUUGUCUUGCCAUGCACCGUUGAAGAGUACCAAGUGGGGCAGCUGUACUCAGUGGCAGAAGCCAGUAAGAAAGAGACUGGUGGAGGAGAGGGUAUAGAAAUAUUGAAGAAUGAACCAUAUGAGAAAGAUGGCGAGAAAGGGCAAUACACACACAAAAUCUACCAUCUAAAGAGUAAAGUACCAGGUUUUGUAAAGGUGAUUGCUCCAGAAGGCUCUCUGGUCUUCCAUGAAAAAGCCUGGAAUGCCUUCCCUUACUGCAGGACAAUUGUAACGAAUGAGUACAUGAAAGACGAUUUCUUUAUCAAGAUUGAGACCUGGCACAAACCUGACCUCGGAACACUAGAGAAUGUUCAUAAACUGGACAGUUCUACAUGGAGGUCUGUGGAGGUCACACCCAUUGACAUUGCUGAUAGAGAACAAGUAGCCCCUGGUGACUACAAGGCCGAUGAGGAUCCAGCUAUUUUCAAGUCAGUCAAGACAGGCAGAGGACCACUGGGGCCAAAUUGGAAGAAGGAACUGGUUAAUAACCCUGACUGCCCACGAAUGUGUGCCUACAAGCUGGUGACGGUCAAAUUUAAAUGGUGGGGCCUACAGAACAGAGUAGAAGGCUUUAUUCACAAGCAAGAGAAGAGAAUCUUCACCAACUUCCACCGACAGCUUUUCUGCUGGAUUGAUAAGUGGGUGGAGCUCAACAUGGAUGACAUCAGAAGGAUGGAAGAGGAGACCCAGAGAGAACUGGAGGAGCUUCGCAAACAAGGUCAAGUGCGAGGAACUAGCGCUGCUGAUGAAUGAGACCGACAUUCCCACCAUGACCACAGAGACGGUUGAGGAACGGCAAACCAGUCCACAUCCAUAGCCACUCUGACCCGUCUUUCUCUAAAUCAGGAAAGAGAACGGUUCAGGAAAGUCAAUCAAUAGAACCAGUCCCAUUAGAUAUACUCAAUCAUGGACACUAUAUUAACUAUGUAACUGAUAUUUUAGAUUUAGAGAAAAAUUUCCCCAAGUGCCUUCAUCACAAAUGCUCAAGCACAGAAACCUAAAUGCAAUCAGGAUCAUUCUAGAAGCAGUUUAAAGUUUGUCUAUGAAAGAAAAACAACUCUCGAUGUUUGGCAGGCUGUCGUUUUGGCAGAUUCUAAAACUGAGGUUCUGAUUUUUUUUUUUUCUUAUUCAUUCAUUUGCUCAAUGGAAGCAGUUUUCCGGACGUUUCCCUCAGGGCCAAACCUGACAGUUAGCUUCCUCUGCUCUUGUCUUUUCCUGCCUUGGACUAUAUUAAGAGCUAAUAUUGAGAACUUGCAGUACCAGUCGUUUACCAACACACCUCGCUCCAAAGAACACACAAAUACUCACAAAUACUCCCAGGUGUGAAUUACUUUGUAGUGAUAAGUUUCUCAUUAGCCAUUUAUGGAUGGAUUUGCAUGUCUCGCUUACUCACACAAAGUUUACGAUAUUGGAUGACUUUGGAAGUCAAAUGGACUACUUUUAUUAUAUUUUCAUGUUUCUCUUUUGGAGCUUGGCAGUGUAAUUGAGACACUUUUGUGUCAGAAUGAUAAUAAUAAUAAUAAUAGCACCGGAUCGGAACAAUAUGAGGGUGAGUAAACGAUGACGAAGCUUUUCAUUUUUGGGGUGAACUAUUCUAUGAAAUACUUUUAAGGCACAGUUUAAGUUUAAAAACAACCAGUUUUCUGAUGCUUUUGCUUGCAGUAGUCCCUUAGAGUCAUGUUUUAACAAACUUUUUUGGAGAUAAUGCACCCACGCGCACACAAAAUGGCUGGCAGAUAAACCCCCAAAAUAGAGGAUAGGGAGUAAAUAUAGUUUUGUGUUUCCUUGCAAUACAUUUACCCAUUCCUUACAGUAGUAAAACCAUUGUUAAUUUUAGUAACCAUAAAUGGUAUUUGUACUAAAACAUAGUAAUCACCACAGUCACAAUCAUCAUAAUUUACCAUGGUUUUACAUUCACUAUAUUUCAACAAAACCAUAAUGACAGUGGCGGAUUUAGGCAUGGGCAACUCGGGCAGUACCCAGGGCGGCAUCUUGUUAGGGGCAACACGGGUCUCUUGCUGGGGGCGGCCCAGGGGGUACUGAAGGGGGGGUUCAACCAGGGCGCCAUACAAGCUAGAACUGCCACUGCAUAACGAAACAUGUAAACCAAAACUAUGCUUCUACAAAUCAUGCUUACUACAGUUUUACUAUAGUAACAAAAUUGUAUUUUAUUAAAUUGUGGUACAAGGAUGGUUUUUAAAACCAUGGUUUCCACCGCCACGAGAAAAAAAAAAAAAAAACUUAUUAAGAAAAUAAACCAUGGUUUCACUAUAGGAAACCUGAAGUAACCGUUUUUUAUAGGAAGAACCAUGGUUUUAAAAACCAUAAAAAUCAUGAUGUUACUAUAGAAAAACUAAUGUUUUAUUAUUAUUAUUAUUAUUAUUAUUAUUAUUAUUAUCAUCAUAGUUUUUGUUAUCCUGUAUUUUUAACUAGUUUUUACCACAAAUAUCAUGAUUACAGUAGUAAAAACAUGGUCAAUGGUAUAAUUACUGUAAUUUUACUACAGAUACUAUAGUGUUACUGUACAUGGUUAAUUUUCAUAAUGGAUGAUUAAAGGUAUAGUGAGGCAAUGCAAACCACUACGUACAAAACUGUUACCAAAAGUUAAAAAAUACCCAGUGUUGUGCUUAUCGUGGUACUGUUGCUUUAACGUUACUAACCUCUGAACGGGUUCCUACACACUUGUACUGACUUGCCCUGCCUUAGUUUUUCCCCCUGGCUUAAGAUAUUUUCCUGUGUCUGCUCUACUGUCUGUCCAUUCUUAACAUUUACCUCACCGUCUGACAUCUGUGUUGCCUUAAUGCAGUCAACAGAGAAGUCAUUAAAAAUGCCGCCAAUCCUCAAAGUAAUUUUUCCCCUGAUCUGUUGUAAGGUAAUGCUGCUAAAAAGAAGGAAAUUGGUUGCAUUUUAUAUAAAAUUUUGAAAUGUGUAGCAUUAAUGUCAGUUGUCGACAUGUCUUCUCAAGCAAUUCUUUUUCAGAUAAAAUGGGAGCAAUAAUGACUUCAGAGAAACUUUGAAUCCUCCAAAUUAUGUUUUUUCAAACUUGUUAGAUUCGUUAUACAUUUUGUUUUUAACGUAUAGUUUAAUGUUAAAAAUGUCAUCUGAUUUAUUAACAUUAUUUAAUGUGAUUCUAUUGAACUCUACAAAUGCUUGCUAUAAAAUGUACUCCUUCGAUAAUACAUUCUGUGCUUUUUAUAUGUUUUACAUUCCUGUUUACAAGAGAAUAAAUCAGUAAAAUGUUACUCGCAAAAAAUUUUUAUGGUAUCAUAUAGUACUGAAGUUUUGAAUAAAUAGCCUGAAUAAAGGGCAAGUUAUGUACUGGGACUGGUUUAUAGAAGAUAUCAAAUUUAAUCAAAAGUUUGAGAUAAUUUCAGAAAUCAACUGUUAAAUGUUAAUAGGAAUAAAAGUGUUGUUUUAAAUGUACUUCUGAAUCUGAAUUAAAGCUGUGGUUUUAACAUUCUGUGCAUGCAUGCAUGUGCGUGUGAUAAAUAUGUGCAAAUAUUAAGGUCUGAUUAAAUUUAAA